CCGUCUCAAGCACGAGCUGCCGUCCACAGGCACCCAAUUCCAUCCCCAACGCGUCGCUGACCACCCUGCAGUUACCGACUUGCUUUCGCGCCGUCAAGAAUGUCUCCCCUGCUGAGACUCGCCCUGCCCGCGCUGGCAGCUGCCGGCACCGCAUAUGCUGCCUGUAGCAACUCCGCCACCGCGACCGUCCAGAAUAGCGGCGACGCGUCCGCGCUGGCCUCCUGCACCACCUUUUCUGGCAGCAUCGCCAUUGCCACCGGAACCACAGACGAUAUCGCCCUCGAUGGCAUCCAACAGAUCAAGGGCAACUUGGUUGCCGACAGCAACAGCGGCAUCCAGCGAAUCAGUGGCGCUGACCUGGAGACCAUCACGGGCACCUUGGAGAUCAAUGACGUGCCUCAGCUCGCCAGCCUGAACUUCCCCAAGCUAAGCGAAGUGAACAUUGUCAAGAUGCAAGGCCUGCCCAACCUCCAGACGCUAGGUUUCGAUGCAGAGGUCACUAAGGCCUCGCAAAUCGACAUCCAGAACACGUUCCUCGAGAACCUGCAGGGCCUCAAUAUCGAGGAAGCCGAUGUCAUCAACAUCGCCAACAACCCUCAAAUCGCCGAGAUCGAUAUGCAGGUUGGCAACGUUACCCAGCAGUUGACUCUGUCGUACAACAACGCAGACGUCAACGUGUCCUUCCCCAACCUAAUCUGGGCGAACAACGCCACUUUCCGAGCUUGCGGCUCCAUUCAAAUGCAGUCGCUUGAGGCCCUCAAUGACUCGCUGGGCAUAUUCGAGAGCAACCUGGAGACUUUUGCUGCUCCCAAUCUGACCAAGGUCGAGAAAUUCCUCGCCAUUGUCGGGAACAAGAACCUGAACAAUAUCUCUUUUCCCCAGCUGGCCAACCUGGGUGGAAACCUCCAGAUCGCCAACAACUCCAACUUGCACGAGAUCGACGGCUUUCCUUCGCUAGAGCAGGUUAUGGGUGCCUUUGACAUUAGUGGCAACAUCACCAAGAUCGAAACUCCGAAGCUCAACCUUGUGAAGGGUGUGUUCAACCUGCAGUCUACCGGCGACAUUGGGUCCGUUUGCGACAGCUUCUACGACCCUCUCCGUGACAAGGGCAGACUCCCCAAGACCAAUACCGGCAGUUCCAAGCCAACCGGUGCCGCCUCUCCUCUCAAUGUGCCCCAGAGCUACAUGGGUCUUGCUGGUCUGGCCGCCGUCUUCCUACUCUAAAAGCUCCAAGACGCUGGCGUUUCUACGAUCAUUGCAUAGACUAAUAAUCCGACCAUCUGAUUUCCUUUGGCAGCAUACCAGCAUCUAGCGUGCAAGCACCCCAGACGCUCGGCUUGAGCUUUCGGCGGAAGGGGGGUUUUGGCGAGGGAGUAAUGGACCAGCAUGCAUCACUUGUAUGUAUCGAUUGGCUACGACGGUCGGGGCUUAGAAGAAUUUUAAUAUUUGGCACCCCAUGGCAGGUCUUCCCCGAGGCUAAUGUGCGGAACGACAGCGGCGCGUGGGCUGGGUUGGACGGAACCCAUGGGACGCGCUC